AAAAAAAAAUCAAGUGAGGCAGGGUGGGGGCAGGGUGGGAAGGAGGCAGCACGCCCCGCCGCCACACCUGCAGCUCGGGGACAGCGGGGAGGGGCGGGGAGGGCCGUGCGGGAGCGCCCCGCACCCAGCGCCACCGCCGCGGCGGCGAAGAGAGAGGCGAGGGAAGCCCAUGCCGGGGGUCACGGCUACUCCUGAUGUGUCGGAAGAGUUAGGAGGCGCGGAAGAGCGGAGACGAGAUUUAGGGCAGACUUCAGGAAGAACGUACCGGCGACGAGCACCGAAUCCCGGAAUGGGCGCCUUGGCAGAUCCUGCACCCCGAAACAGUCCGCCGCUGCCCCCCGGGGCUCGACCUCCGCCGGCCCGAGGGCGGGGCUGCCCGCCUCUCCGACGCCUGCCGGCGCCCGCACUCGGGGGGACGGAGGGGGACGGCGGGGCCUGGGCCGUUGCUAGGGGAGGGGCGGCGGGGCGGUCGCGCAGCGCAGCCGGCGACCGAGACGAGCGAGCGGCUCUCCGGCUGCUGCAGCUCCCGCGCCGCCUGUUGCUCGCCACUCCGGGCCGCCGCUUCCCGCCCGGCGCCCAGGGGCAGGGGGCGCGAGGGGCGCCGGCGCGCGGGCGGCCUCCCGCCUUCCCCCCUCCCCGCGCGCAGCCCGCCCCCAGCGUCUCCGGGAGCGCGGGCGCCCGCCGCCUCCCCGUGCGCCCCGGCCGGCGCGCCGAGACCCCCGGCGCCCAACGGCGAUGAACGCGACCUUCCUGAACCACAGCGGCCUGGAGGCGGCGGGCGGCUUGGGCGGCAGCGGCGGGGCCGCCCUGGGGAACCGCAGCCACGGGCUGGGCACGGGGCUGGGCUGCUGCCCCGGGGGCGCGCCGCUGGCCGCCAGCGACAGGGUCCCCGCGGGGCUGGCGCCCGACGAGCGCAGCCUGGGGGGGUCGCGCGGGGCGCAGAUCGCUGUGCUCGGCGUGCUGUCGCUCACCGUGGUCUUCGGCGUGUUCUUCCUGGGCUGCAACCUGCUCAUCAGGUCGGAGAGCAGGAUCAACUUCCUGGCGCAGGAGCGCCGGCCCUCCAAGGACGUGGGCGCCGCCAUCCUGGGGCUGUACUGAGGCCGCCCGGCCCGCAAGCAGACGAGAGGGACACCAGGACCCUCGUGCCCCGCGCGGGCUCCGCCGGCCGCGCGAGGGACAGCCACGGACCUCGGGCCCCCUGCCCCCGCCAGGACCCGGACACCGCGGGACUCGAGGCGGCGGCGCGGAGAGGGUCGUCCACACCCGGCUGGUGCUGUGUGCGCCUCGGCGUGGCCGCGUGGGAGAGGUCGUGCGAGGCCGCCCGGGGCCGCGGUCACGUGCGUGGGAGU